CCUAGAAACCCAACUCCGUUACACCAGCUCUGUCAGGAGGAAUUGGCCAAGUCUACUCGAAACAAGAUUUGACCCAAGCUAAACAAUUGAAAGGCAAUGCUACCAAAUACUAAUUGAGUGGAUGUAAACUUCUGACCCACUGAGAAUGUGAUGAGAGAAAUAAAAUCUGAAAUAAAUCAUUCUCUCUACUAUUAUUGACAUUUCACAUUCUUAAAAGAAGGUGGUGAUCCCAACUGACCUAAGACAGGGAAUUUUUACAUGGAUUAAAUGUAAGGAAUUGUGAAAAAAUGAGUUUAAAUGUAUUUGACUUCCGUAUGUAAACUUCCGACUUCAACUGCCCAUUUACCCUCUGAAUGGCACUGUCUCCUUCCUAUCACCUGACUGAAGUGGAUUUAACAAGUGACAUCAAUAAGGGAUCAUAGCUUUCACAUGGUCAGUCUAUGUUAUGGAAAGAGCAUGUUUUGUAUUCUCAGGACCCCUCACGCUCUCUCCCUCAGGCCUCAGGUAAGAGCACAGCUCUCGCCAGACACAAUAACAUGUACAGUAGCUACAGUGCAUGCAGAGAGGAUGGAACCGUUUAUUACGUUUAAGUCAGUGCAACUGCAGUGUCCUGUUGACUUUUGCGAGUGAUUCAGGUGACACAGUGAAAGACAUUUGGGAAAAAUGGAAAUAAUAAAGAAAGCAAGGGACUACACUAUAAACUCCAAGGCAUAAAAAAAAAAAAAAAACUAGUAAGUUCCACUCAAAGUCAAUUAAAAGUCAUUAUUACCUAAAUGUUUGUGGUAUGGACUCAAAACUAAAUGAGAAGUCACACCAAUUACAACUACAAAUAUAUGAUAUAUUAACUUUUUUCUCAGCAUGCUCUACUGCAGGUUGAUUUAAAAAAAUAAAAAAUAAUAAUAUCUGUUUUGCAUGUACACUGAGUGAGUGAUUGAUUAAAUGUUAUGCUACACAAAUAUAUAUAUAUUUUUUUCUAAACUAAUCCAAUCAUUGAAUUUUUGAACCACAAAAAUGUUUGUUCCAGUGUAAUUGGCUAGGUAGUUUCCUCCCACUUCUCUUUAACCGAGGUACAAGCCUUAUGUUACCUGUAAACUAACUCACCCCGGAAUUCACUUAAGACCACAGUAGAGGAAAUUGACGAAUUCAACAAGUAUAUCUCAAUUACUAACAAAUACAGUCAUGGGUGGUAAACUCUACAAUUCAAUCCAAAAGGCAAGGCACACUGGGACAUUUUGGGGGGCGGGGCUAAGCGUUGCAUUUAAGUAUACCUUAUAUCCGGAAUCUUUGGGACGUCUUAUAUACACAAUCUACGCGACGGCCCUACCCCCUCCCAGAAAGGAUAUACAACUCUAGCAUUUAAAUUGGUUCACAGCAGUUGCUUUGUAGUGCACCGCCAAAGAUUUUACAGCACAGGUAGCUAAUUUCAACCAGAAAGUUUAUUUAGCUAGGUAAAUUCACAGCAUGGCUUGAUUUAUGUAGUUGGGUCAAGCGUACAGUACACGUGCCACACUAGUUACAUUAAUUUUACCGGUGGCUUAGCUAGCUGUUGUCAACAUUUCAAUUGUGCGUCUUUCAGUUUCAACUGCAGUGUUGUCAUUUCGAGCUCGCGAGGGACGAGGGUAAACUAGUUUAGAAAAGUAACAGUGGGUCGAUCUCUGCGAAGUAGACAACAGAGCCAGAGAUGGCUAUCGCCCACGUCGCUACAGAGUAUGUGUUCAGCGAUUUCCUCCUGAAGGAGCCGGGUCAGGCAAGGUACCGCGCCGUGCGCACUGAGCUAGCCUUGGACAAGAUGGUGACCUGCGUGGCGGUGGGACUCCCUCUCCUCCUUAUUUCUCUAGCCUUCGCCCAGGAGGUCUCUGUGGGUGUUCAGAUCAGCUGUUUCCCUCCAGCUAACUUUUCCUGGCGUCAGGGCAUAUAUGUAGACUCCUACUGCUGGGCAGCCCUACACACUCACACACUACCCUUAUGGCUGCACAAGUUUUUCCCCUAUAUCCUGCUGUUGGUAGCAGUAAUUAUGUAUAGUCCAGCGGUGUUCUGGCGUUUCUCUGCCUCUCCUCUGCUUCAGUCAGACCUUAGCUUCAUCAUAGAAGAGCUCGACCGCUGCUACAACCGUGCUGUCACUCUGGCUAAACGCAUGGCCACUGCUGGGGAACACACAGACAGUGUUGCGUUUGACCCUACUGAGGGCUGUUUCAUGUACCCGGUGGUGGAGCAGUAUCUGCUGACCAAGAGGAGGAGUGUUGUGGUGUUGUGGCGCUACCUGCUGUGUCGAGGCCUCAACCUGCUCACCUUGCUUCUGGCCUGUGUCUACCUGGGCUACUACCUCCGCCUCGCCUCCCUUACUGACCAGUUCGGCUGUUCCCUGCGCACCGGACUCUUGGCCAAUGACACCUCAAUCCCCGACCAAUUACAGUGCAAGCUGGUUGCUGUGGGAGUAUUCACUUUGCUAAGCUUUGUUAACCUGCUGGUGUACGCCAUGCUGGUUCCCGUGGUGAUAUACUCCGCUCUGCGCCCCUUCUUUCAAUCACACACCCAUUUCCUGAAGUCCUACCAAUCACUGCCCACCAUCAGUGUUCUGCCCCUCCCGCAGGGCCAAUGGGAUGACCUGACGCUCUACUUCCUCUUCCUGGAAGAAAACCUCAGCGAGCUCAAGUCCUACAAGUACAUGAAGGUGUUGGAGUUGUUGAGGAGGAGGGGGAUGUGUGAGGGGGAGGACUUUGACGCCAUGGGACUGCUUCAGAUGCUAUGUCUGGUGAAGACUGAUGUCACGGAUGGAAAGAGGAGCACCGCAGCUACCUUCAAUGCUAGUGACAAAACCACCAAUGCAAAUGCUAGCCUUGAUGCUAAAGCUAAUGAUAACCCUAUUGCUAAAGUUAGCCAUAUUGCUAAUGCUAACCCUGCCGCUGGGGAGGCUAGUAGCAAGGCCCCAGCCCUCAGCCCAGCUUCCCCAGACUCAUGCCAAAGCCAGACCAGUGCCACUGAAAUGACAGAAUUCUCUGCUCUGUUGCCAGGCAACAGUGCAAUGACAGGCGGAAGGCGGAGUGAUGAGGGGGCGGUGCGACAGCGAAUUAUCUGAUCGUUGCCGUGAAGGAACAGCCCCAGUGGGUUGUGGGACACUAGAAACCAGAGGUUCUAAGACCCAGCGAUCCAACAAGCCUUUAUCUAAACAACUCAGACUAAAGUGAACCAGAGAUGUCUUGAUGUCAAUGGGACAGAGUUGUAUUCAAAUCAAUCUUUAUUUGCCACAUGUGCCGAAUACAACAAGUGUAGACUUUACCAUGAAAUGCUUACUUACAGUUGAAGUCGGAAGUUUACAUGCACCUUAGCCAAAUACAUUUAAACUAAUUUUUUCACGAUUCCUGACAUUUAAUCCUAGUAAAAAUUCCCUGUCUUAGGUCAGUUUGGAUCACCACUUUAUUUUAAGUAUGUGAAAUGUCAGAAUAAUAGACAAUGAUUUCAGCUUUUAUUUCUUUCAUCACAUUCUCAGUGGGUCAGAAGUUUACAUCCACUCAAUUAGUAUUUGGUAGCAUUGCCUUUUAAAUUGUUUAAUUGGGUCAAACGUUUCAGGUAGCCUUCCACAAGCUUCGCACAAUAAGUUGGGUGAAUUUUGGCCCAUUCCUCCUGACAGAGCUGGUUAGGUUUGUAGGCCUCCUUGCUCGCACAAGCUUUUUCAGUUCUGCCUACACAUUUUCUAUAGGUUUGAGGUCAGGGCUUUGUGAUGGCCACUCCAAUACCUUGACUUUGUUGUCCUUAAACCAUUUUGCCACAACUUUGGGAGUAUGCUUGGGGUCAUUGUUCAUUUGGAAUACCCAUUUGCGACCAAGCUUUAACUUCCUGACUGAUGUCUUGAGAUGUUGCUUCAAUAUAUCCACGUCCUUCCUCAUGAUGCCAUCUAUUUUGUGAAGUGCACCAGUCCUUCCUGCAGCAAAGCACCCCCACAACAUGGUGCUGCCACCCCCGUGCUUCAAAUUAACUGAAAUGAAAAGUUUACAUAGUUAUAGAUCUACAAUUUCAUUUUGGGGGGAUGGUGUUCUUCGGCUUGCAAGCCUCCCCUUUAUUCCUCCAAAUAUAACAAUGGUCAUUCUGGCCAACCGGUUCUAUUUUUAUUUCAUCAGACCAGAGGACAUUUCUCCAAAAAGUAGUCUAGCUUUUUUAUUGCGGUUUUGGAGUAGUGGCUUCUUCCUUGCUGAGCGGCCUUUCAGGUUACGUCGAUAUAAGAAUCGUUUUACUGUGUAUAUGGAUACGUUUGUACCUGUUUCCUCAGCAUCUUCAGAAGGUCCUUUGCUGUUGUUCUGGGAUUGAUUUGCACAUUUCGCACCAAAAGUACGUUCAUCUCUAGGAGACAGAACACGUCUCCUUCAUGAGUGGUAUGAUGGCUGCGUGGUCCCGUAGUGUUUAAACUUGCAUACUAUUGUUUGUACAGAUGAACGUGGUACCUUCAUGCGUCCAAGGAUGAACCAGACUUGUGGAGGUCUACAACUGUUUUCUGAGGUCUUGGCUGAUUUCUUUUGAUUUUCCCAUGAUGUCAAGCAAAGAGGCACUGAGUUUGAAGGUAGGCCUUGAAAUACAUCCACAGGUACACCUCCAAUUGACUCAAAUGAUGUCAAUUAGCCUAUCAGAAGCUUCUAAAGUAUUGACAUCAUUUUCUUCAAUUUUCCAAGCUGUUUAAAGGCACAGUCAAUUUAGUGUAUGUAAACUUCUGACCCACUGGAAUUGUGAUACAGUGAAUUAUAAGUGGAAUAAUCUGUCUGUAAACAAUUGUUUGAAAAAUUACUUGUGUCAUGCACAAUGUAGAUGUCCUAACCGACUUGCCAAAACUAUAGUUUGUUAACAAGAAAUUUGUGGAGUGGUGGAAAAACGAGUUUUAAUGACUUCGACCUAAGUGUAUGUAAACUUCCGACUUCAACUGUACAAGCCCUUAACCAACAGUGCAGUUCAAGAUGAAGAAAAUAUUUACCAAGUAGGCUAAAAUAAAAAGUAACACAAUAAAAAUAAUGAGCCUAUAUACAGAGGGCACCGGUACCGAGUCAGUGUGCAUGUGUACAGGCUAGUUGAGGUAUUCUGUACAUGUAGGUGGGGGUGAAGUGACUAUGCAUAGGUAACAAACAAACAGCAAGUUGGAGGGGGGUCAAUGUAAAUUGUCCGGUGGCGAUUUUUAUAAAUUGUCUAAUGGCUUGGGGGUAGAAGCUGUUGAGGAGCCUUUUGGUCCUAGAUUUGGCGCUCCGGUUCUGCUUGCCAUGCGGUAGCAGAGAAAACGGUCUAUGACUUGGGUGUAAUGCCAAUGGGACAGCGUUGUAUUAACUAACGGCAGUGGUACUAGCCAAAAAUCCCAGGAAGUUUAUUUUGACGAGAUCAGGGAUUUGAAUCGGACAGGCCGUUUCUGGGUAUCUUAUACUGAAAGCCAUACUGCCCAGGGUGUGUGUGGUGGCGGCAUACUGUCCCGCAGAAGGGUCUUUCUAUAAACUAGAGUACCACUGAGGAUUUCUUACACUGGACAACUUGUAACAGCUGUUGAUAUGUCAUUAAUAAUAAGCUGCCAUUUUUUUGAAGAUAUAAGCAGGGUUCAUAGCUAUAUUCAAUCAAAUUCACGAGUUGAUUUAAAACCUAUGUUUAACCCUUUAUCUUGGUUGGUGCCUUGAUGGAUUUGUCCAAAAUCAUGUGACAUAAAAUACACUGCUCAAAAAAAAAUAAAGGGAACACUUAAACAACACAAUGUAACUCCAAGUCAAUCACACUUCUGUGAAAUCAAACUGUCCACUUAGGAAGCAACACUGAUUGACAAUAAAUUUCACAAUUUCACAUCUGAUCCAGGAAGGAAUUUCCCGAAUGACAGUCAAGUGACGAACAGCUGUUGUGAUGCGAUGCAACAACUUCCCAAGUGCUGGAAAAAAGGUGUUCAGGAGUAAUGUCAAGAAUAUUUUGGAGUCUCAUUAGUUACGCUAGCGAUAUCCCUAGCGACUUGAUGUUGAUCGUCUGUUUGCUUGAUUUACUGCCGGGUCACCUUCUCAUUUAACAGAGAAAGCCUUAAAGUAAUGAGUUCAUGUUUCUGUGCCUGGGAUUGUACACUGUCUACUGUGUGAAAUUGUGUUGGAUGGAUUAUUGCGCAACACCCAAAGUUAGUGGCUAUGUAAUAUGAUCUGGUAAUGAAACAUGUCAAAUACAUUUUGUUUACCAUGUUACUCCUGCAAUUUUGAGCAAUACAAGGAGCUUGAAGUA